AUGACCUCUUUCACUUGUUCUGCCUCCGAUCUCCAUGCACUCCUUGGCAGCGGUGCAAAUUCCACAGCCGCUGCCGACUACAUUUGCAACGGCUUCAACGCUGUUGCAAACAAAUUCAUUGACACAACCUAUGCCGUUGACAACACUUACCUUCUUUUCUCCGCUUACCUUGUUUUCGCAAUGCAACUCGGUUUUGCAAUGCUUUGCGCCGGUUCCGUUCGUGCCAAAAACACCAUGAACAUUAUGUUAACAAACGUCCUUGAUGCCGCAACCGGCGGCAUAUUUUUUUAUAUUUUCGGGUUUGCUUUCGCUUUCGGCACACCUUCCAAUGGUUUCAUUGGAAAACAUUUUUUCGGUCUUAGUGAUUUUCCUUCUCAGUCCUUUGAUUACGGAUAUUUUCUGUAUCAAUGGGCAUUCGCAAUCGCUGCAGCAGGAAUCACGAGCGGAUCAAUUGCGGAACGAACACAGUUCGUUUCGUAUUUGAUCUACUCGUCGUUUUUAACCGGUUUUGUUUAUCCAAUUGUUGCUCAUUGGUUUUGGUCUGCUGAUGGUUGGGCCAGUCCUGCUAGAUCAGAGAAUCUUUUGUUUGGUUCCGGCGUUAUCGAUUUCGCUGGUUGUGGUGUUGUUCAUUUGGUUGGUGCUGUUGCUGGUUUUUGGGGUGCUUUUAUUGAAGGACCAAGAAUUGGUAGAUUUGACCAUGCAGGUAAACCAGUUUCUUUGAGAGGACAUAGUGGUACUUUAGUUGUUAUGGGAACAUUUUUACUUUGGUUCGGUUGGUACGGUUUUAACCCCGGUUCUUUUAUCAACAUUUUGAAAACUUAUGGUGAAAGUGGUAAUAACUACGGUCAAUGGAGUGCAAUAGGAAGGACCGCCGUGACAACUACAUUAGCAGGUUGCACGGCCGCCCUCACAACAUUGUUUGGUAAACGCAUGCAAACCGGUCAUUGGAAUGUGACCGAUGUUUGUAACGGUUUACUAGGCGGUUUUGCUGCUAUAACCGCAGGGUGUUCUGUUGUGGAUCCGUGGGCCGCAAUUAUUUGCGGAUUUAUCGCUGCUUGGGUUUUAAUUGGAUGCAACAUGUUAGCUGAGAAAUUUCACUAUGAUGAUCCUCUUGAAGCUGCACAACUUCAUGGUGGUUGUGGAACUUGGGGGAUAAUUUUCACUGCCUUGUUUGCCAAGAAACAAUAUGUGAAUGAAGUUUAUGGUGGUGCCCUUAAUAGGCCUUAUGGUUUGUUUUUGGGAGGUGGUGGAAAAUUAUUGGCUGCACAUUUGGUUCAAAUUGUGGCUAUUGUUGCUUGGGUUAGUGUUACUAUGGGAACAAUGUUUUUUGUUCUUCAUAAGUUGAAUUUGCUUAGGAUUUCUGCUGAGGAAGAAAUGGCUGGUUUGGAUUUAACUAGUCAUGGUGGAAUGGCUUAUGAGUAUCAUGAUGAGGUUGGAGAACAUUCCAAGAAACGUGCAAUUGAAGUAUGA